CCCAUCCACGGCUGAAUAACAUAACUAUACCUUCGGAAUAUUGCAAUACCUGAGCCAAACUCACUCAGUAAUGAGUCGGUAUUAGCCUAGUUUCAUGUGCUACCGCGAAGCCUUAACUAUCUCUCUUUCCCUCUCAGACCAAAGAGAAAAAAAAGAAAAGAAAGAGAGAGACAGCCAAGACACAGUCACCCCGUCCGACAUCAUCAACAAACAAAAACCCCACAAAGAGACGAAGCAGCCAGCCAAGCAGCCAGCCAGCCAGCCAGCCACCAUCUUAACAGGCUGCUGAAAGAGACACACACAGAGAGAACAGAGGCUAAUGCUUAUUUUUGAUCAACAGGUUGUUAAGAUGAUAGUGGACUCUGACAACCAUGACUGAGGACCUUAACCAGAAUUGAAUUACGGAAAAAAAAAAACAAAAAAUAAAAAUAAAGGACCGGACAGCAAACGUGACAGCUUGCAUAACAGCUCUUACGCAGAACACACACUUGAUCAAACUCAAAGCUGUAAUGGCCAGCUGUUAAGCGUACGAGGGGGGGCAGCAGCCGUGGACUUAAAGUAGCUGAUGCGACUUACAGUUGAAGACCUUCACAAGCAAAAGUCAAAGAAGCCGAAGAAUUUCAGCGCGGAUGCUCACGGACCUGCGAGGAGUUGUGUGGACCUGAUUAAGAAAUGGAAGGAUACUAGCUCUGGUCUGACACCUGGUUUCUGCUUUCCAUUACGCUGUGGAGUACAGAAGGCCAGUAGCCGAACUGCGCUGCUGGACGGACCGCUGCGGCGUAGGGUUAAACCGAGCCAUUUCAUCAGAACCGAUGCCAAAGCCAGGAGCCAGCCAUGAUGUUUAUAUAACCCGAUGAUCAGCAGAGAAAUGGUGAGGAAGAAGAAUCCCCCUAUCCGGAGUGUGGGAGGCGAGGAGGAAGAGGAAGAAGAGGGAAAGAGGCCAGCGGGAGAAGAGGAAGAAGAAGGCGAGGAGGAAGGGAGAGUGGGAGCAGAGGCCGAACGAAUAAACCGACCCUCUGAGCCGGAAUCCUCCGAGCGGGUCAGAGGAGAUGAGGAGCAGCAGGAGGAGGAGGAGGGGGGAGAGAGCGAGUGCAUUUCCUCGUCUGUCUCUCCCUCGUCUGUCGGCGAUCGCUACGGUAAUGAGGAGCGAGGGGGGAGGAGAGGAGGAGGCAGGGGAAGGGCAAAGCAAGGAGGAGCAGCGCUGACGGACAGGCCGGAGAGCCAGUCGGAGCCUGAGGACGGGGACAGAGCGGUAGAAGAAGGGGAGAGAAGCGACAGAGAAAGGGGGGAGGCAGAUCAUCUCACCCCUCCUCUCCUCUCUGCCCCGCACCUCCUCCCAAGACAGGAAGGAGGGGAGGAGACCACGACCGAUACCCCUCCGCUUUCCUCCAGCCCCUCUCCUAAACUCCAGGACUUCAAGUGCAAUGUGUGUGGCUACGGUUACUAUGGCAACGACCCGGCUGACCUGGUGAAGCACUUUCGGAAGUAUCACCUGGGCCUGCACAACCGCACACGGCAGGAUGCUGCUCUGGACACACACAUCCUGGCACUCCACAACAUGGCUCCCCAACACACACCUAUUGACAUACAGGCGGGACAAGGGCAGAGGAGCCAAGCCAAAGACUUGGGGAAGACAAGACCAGAGAUACAGAGUCAGCAGCAUAGGACAGUUAUGAUGAAUGGCACAUAUGACGUACAGGUGACGUUGGGUGGCACGCUCAUUGGAAUCGGUCGGAAGACCUCAGAUUGCCAAGGAAACACAAAGUACUUUCGCUGCAAAUUCUGCAACUUCACGUACAUGGGCAGUAAUUCCUUGGAACUUGAACAACAUUUCCUUUCCUCGCACCCAAACAAAGUCAAAACACCGCCAACCACACCCCUGCUGACCACAAAUAACCUGGCAACGCACGACAACCAGCUGAAGGGACGGAGUCAAGCCUUAGACGGGGCCGAGCGAGUUGCGGUGCGCGCAGAGGACGACUCUUUGGUCGGGUACUUUAUCCCAGUCAGGUCUUGUUCGGAUUCAUCGGGCUGGGUGGGGGAGGCUGGUCGAGGCGCCGUGCAGACGUAUUAUUGGUGUAAAUUCUGCAGCUGGAGUUGCGAGUGGUCGGGGGGUUCUGCAAAGCUUUUAGAGCACUAUGAGCAAAGACACAAAAUGAACACCGGUGGUACUACAAGCCCCAACAACUCUAAUCCUGGUGAGAUGGACAGAGAGCGAGAAAGAGGAGGAAGGAGAGAUGGAGGAGAGAGAGACCAAAUGGUAUCAAAAGGCCGAAAAGAUCAGCCAUCCAACCUCUCCAACACCAGCCAAGGAGACCCAAACAGCAGUGAUUCAGAAGCAGUUGUGACCAGUUAUAACUGUCAGUUGUGUGAUUUCCGGUACUCCAUGGCCCACAGUGCGGAUGUGAUCGUAGUAGCACCUUUACUACUGCACUACCAGCAUAACCACUCCAUCCACCGCUGCAGCAUUCAACACUGCAUGUAUUGUCCACAGGGUCUCUGUCAGCCACAAAAACACCUAGGGGAGGUAUCCCACCCAUUCGCUUGUCGGAAGCCCACCUGCCCCAAAUGCUGUUCAAAGUUCCCUCAACUCGCCAAACAGCAGGACGCCAUUGGUUCAAAACCCGCUGUCACCACCUCACCCAGCGUGACUCCUCCUAAUCCUAGAGGCGACCACAGUGGGAUUUCUGGUUCUACUUUUCACCCCUCUAACCCCGCCCAUCCUGUUGUCACACAAGGCGUCACCCACUUGUGUGACCAGUGUGCAUUUGCUACCACUGACAUUGACGUGUUGCUGCAACACUAUGAAAGCUGCCACAACCUGAUCAACCUAAAGGGGGCUCCCCCACAUGUCAAAGCUGAGGAAGAAGCUGCGGGAGACAAGGAAGGAGGGCGAGGAGGCGCAGGAGAGAGGGAGUACUCAUGUACAAAGUGUCACUUCAUUACAGAAGUGGAAGAAGAGAUUUUUAGACACUACAGGCGUGUCCACGCGUGUUGUCGCUGUCGACGUUGCGACUUCACGGCUCCAGAUUCAUCAGCCCUCCUCGACCAUUUCAACUCAGCUCACUGUCACGACUCCUCUCCCUCGUUAGGCUCAUUCACGACAACCUCCUUGCCCACUUCACUGACUCCUUCCCUAACACUCUUGGCCAAUGGCUGCUCAGCGCCUUCUACUUUAGCCAUUAAAGAAGAGAGCAAAGGGGAUAUCCGCCUCCUCUACUCCCUGGCGCCGCCUGAGGGACGGUUGGCCGAAGGUUGCAGAGAAGAGGCAGGCGGGCUGGUAAAAAGUGAGGGUGGUGAGGAGAAAGAAAGAGAACGGGAAAAGGGCUGGGUUCUUGGUGAGACAAGAGGACUGGGGGAAAGAGGGGGUGAGCAGGCCCACGGCUUACUUUGGGUGCCUAAGGAGCGAAUGGGACCUGAAAGAGGUGCAGGAAGUGGGAGCCCAUCUCUUUUCACCUCCCCACUGUCGCUGUCUUUUGUCUCAGCCAAUCACGAAGCCUCACAGCAGAAAAGAGGCGUGGCCUCACCUAGCAUGGUUUACCUGGGAGACACCAAGUCAUUUUUGGGAGAUACAAAGUCCUUUUUGGCAGAUGCCAAGUAUGGAGGAGGGAGACCAGGAUCAACCGCUUCCGGUGGGGCAGGAGCUGGCGAGAAGCAGAGCCAGAUGACCCCCCAGCAGUACACAGGAGGAGGAGGAAGUGCUGGUGGUGGUGGCGGAGGUGGUGGAGGACAGGAAGGGAAAGGAGGAGCCAAUAAAGAGGAAUCCCAGUCCUUGCUAAGGCGGCGCAGAGGUAGUGGAGUUUUCUGCGCUAACUGUCUGACCACCAAGACAUCGCUGUGGAGGAAAAAUGCUAAUGGAGGCUACGUCUGCAACGCAUGUGGUUUAUACCAAAAACUACAUUCAACACCCAGACCUCUAAACAUCAUCAAGCAGAACAACGGUGAGCAAAUCAUCCGCCGUCGAACCCGGAAACGCCUCAACCCCGAUUCGCUUUCGUCUGAAAACCCUGCCCCCAAGCAACAACGCAUCACCAGCGAAGAGCGCAUGAACGGGGAGGAAACAGACAGGAGCUGUGCGUCAGUCAAAAACCAGCAGCCUUCCCCUCGCUCACGCUCACCGCGGUCCACGCAAGCCUUCUUGGCCAAUCAAACAUUGGAGAUCCACAGGCGUAUGCCUCCUCUUCUCCUCCCCUCACAUGCCCCCUCCUCAGUGGGAGCGGAGGGCAAUGGCGGUAUCACAGAGGGAGGGAUAACAUCGAAAGUGGAGGGGGGUAAAGGAGGAGGGGGAUCGGAAAGAGGCAGUCCAAUUGAAAAGUACAUGCGUCCGUCCAAACCGUCUAGUUAUUCACCUCCAGGUUCACCCAUUGAAAAAUAUCAGUACCCUCUUUUCUCCUUACCCCUUCCAUUAACCAUUUCACCUGAUUUGACCCCGGAGUCAGAUUGGCUCAGGUUCUGGACCAAGUAUAAGAUGGCAGCCGCCUCUGGGGUUCCUGGUAGCAUCAGUAAUCUAAGCAGCCCCGGGAGCCUUGGAAAUAAUGCUCAUUAUCUUAGCGCGAUGGUGACUCCAGUACAGCAUCAUCAGCAAAGCUACACGGUGCCUUACUGCGCCUCUCCCUACUCUCCUCUUCCUCCACCUCCAGCUCCUACUCACUAUCCUCCUCCUCCUCUUCACGUCCAAACCCCUACUUCAUCAUCAUUAGAAAACGAUGCUCCUUUGGAUCUCGCAAUAAGACAAAGAGAUACAAGUGCUGUAAACGCGCACAUGUCCACAAAUGGUGCCGAAAGGCGAAGGCAGGAGUCGCCGCUAACUGACAGGUUAAGAGGUAACUGGAAAGGAGAGAAAGAGGAGGAGGAGAGGACAGACGAAGGAGGGAAUCCAGGUGAGGAGAUAGGGAAGGAAGAAAAAGAAUGUUUGUCAACAUGUCAGUCAAGUGUCCCGUCUAAUCGCAAAAUGGUGGAGGUGGCCACACAGGAUGACCUGACCAAUCGCUGCGUCCACUGUGGGAUCUACUUCAUAGAUGAGGUGAUGUAUGCCCUGCACAUGAGUUGCCACGGUGACAAAGGACCAUACCAGUGCAGUUUUUGCCUCCACGUGUGCGCGGAUCGAUACGAUUUCACCACGCACAUACAGAGAGGCUUACACAGGUACACAGACAAAACGACACAACAGAGUUGUCAAAUGCAAGAUGGCAAAAUUCAGAACGCUGCGGGAAUGUCGGAGCACGAGUGUCAAAAUGCGACGGAGGAGGAACGAGAUGAAGACGGUCAUUAUGAGACCACAGGCGAAGGUGAUGUAGUAGAAUCGUGUCAUGACAACCAAGCAAAACAACAGACAGGCAGCGAUGGCACUGACAAUGAAACGGAGGCUGAAAAAGAAGCAAAAGGAGAGGACAAUGCCACGACAAACCAGGACUUGGGAGGCAAAACGGUGUCGCACAUCAGUGAUGACGUCACAAGAAGCUCAGAGGUCACAACUGUUGCUGGCUCUAAAAUAUUAGAUGAGAACACAGAUGGGAAUUAAUUGAUCUCUUUGACUCAUGCAAACCUUUAAGAGCGUUGUUGUUGGAUGAAUAAGCUGUAUGCCUUCAUGUUUCUGGAGGCUAGCUCAUGUCAAAGUGGGCCUAUCCUGGGCACUAAAAGGAACACAUCCUUAUGCUGGAAGCACCCGGCUGUCAAAUGGUCAGAAAUCAUUGUAGGAUCCAGCUGAACUAUAGCAGGGGCAGUUGAAGAAAUUGCCCGAAUCCUCUGCUGAGUGACGGCCACUUGACAGCUCUCUGGCAGGCAUUCAACAACAGGCAUGGAGUUGAAAUCACCUUUAAUAAGCAGCCACUUCAUGCGAUUUCCACAUAAGGGGAUUGGAAGCUGGGCUAAAAGUUGAACUGGUUAUAUUUUGGAUAACUUUUGGGAGCUCAGCACUUGCAUGGCCACCAUAAAGGAGAGCAAAAAAAAAAAAGAAACUAGAAGCAAAAUAAUUAACCUGAACUGAACUGAGCUGGGCUGAUUACUUAUGCACCAUACUAAAAAAAAGCUGGUCCAAACUAGUCUAAUGUAUCAUUGAGACGGUUUUAUUUUGGUACAGCCAGAUGUGAUCUGGUUAGGAUUGCUUUGUUCUUGUCCAGAGCAUGUUUUUGACUGUUUUUUUUCCUCUGUGCAAAUGGAUCUAAAACCAAAAUUCUUUUUUUUUUGACUAAUUAAAGCUGGUUAGUUUGAAACCAGUUUAUGCUGGGCUGCAGUUGAGUUGGUGUUACCUCGGUAAAAAGUGAUCAGUUGGUUUCUUUCACUUAGCCUGUUUUUUCUGAAACUGAUCAAGUUCUUGGUUCUCGGGUUUUGAGUCAGCUGGGACUUUUUCGAACUGCUGAGCCAGUUUGACUUGUUAAAACCGGUUAAACUCCGGACCGAAGUGUUUUCUCUAUCCGUUUGGAUUAAACCAAGUGACAUUAUUUUCUACCUUCCUCUGUGCCAUGAUACUAGCUAUGUGCCUGGCUGCCUGCCCAACAACCAUCUAGUACCCGCUUAACAUUUAUAUUAAUAAUAAUAAUAACGGUAAUAAUAAUGAUGAUGAUGAUGCUAUCGUACAAAAAAAAUGCAAUUUGCUACACUUUCAUAUAUAAUAUGGUAUUUUGUAAAGGAAAAUGCUUUUUGCAGGAAAUGGUACUAUAGAAAUUAGCCUAUGUGAGUUUUUUUCUCUUGUU